AUGGACCAGAAUUCCCAUAUUAAGCAAAAUCAACAAGGUUCACGGCGCAUUCGCGUUCUUUUCUCGAGCUUCGCUAUGAAGGCUGUCUGUGUUAUGCGAGGCGAAGAAGGCGUUAAGGGAGUUGUUUAUUUCACCCAAGUCGGAGACAGCGUUAAAAUCCAUGCUGAAUUCGAGGGACUUAAGCCUGGGAAGCACGGCUUUCACGUUCAUGAAUUCGGUGACACAACAAAUGGCUGCACCUCAGCCGGUGCCCACUUUAAUCCCCACGGCAAAAACCAUGGUGCUCCUGAUGCUGCUGAGCGACAUGUUGGGGACCUUGGGAACGUUGUAGCUGGUGCCGACGGUAAGGCGACGCUUGAUCUCACGGAUAAAGUGAUUUCUCUCAGUGGCGAGCACUCAGUUAUUGGACGAUCCCUUGUGGUUCACGUGGAUCCGGAUGACUUGGGUUUGGGCGGGCACGAGUUAAGCUUGGUCACGGGCAACGCCGGGGCCCGUGUUGCCUGUGGCAUCAUCGGAAUCGCUAAAAGCGAGUGA